GUCGCCCGACGCGCCAGCCUCCGGCCCGGAGCCGCCGGGGUUUGGGGGAGACGGAAGAAGCGCUGCACCGCGCUGCGCUCGCGGACGCCUGCGCUGCCGCGCGCCGCGGAGGGCAGCCGGAGCUGAAGCCGCCGCGGGCUCGCAUCCUCCCCGCUUCGCCACUGCGCCGAAGAAAUGAGCGGUGGCUUGGCGCCAAGUAAGAGCACAGUUUAUGUAUCCAACUUGCCUUUCUCCCUAACAAACAAUGAUUUAUACCGGAUAUUUUCCAAGUAUGGCAAAGUUGUAAAGGUUACUAUAAUGAAAGACAAAGAUACUAGGAAGAGUAAAGGUGUUGCAUUUAUUUUGUUUUUGGAUAAAGACUCUGCCUUAAACUGCACCAGAGCAAUAAAUAAUAAACAGUUAUUUGGUAGAGUGAUAAAGGCAAGCAUCGCUAUUGACAAUGGAAGAGCAGCUGAGUUCAUCCGAAGGCGAAACUACUUUGAUAAAUCUAAGUGUUAUGAAUGUGGGGAAAGUGGACACUUAAGUUAUGCCUGUCCUAAAAACAUGCUUGGAGAACGUGAGCCUCCAAAGAAGAAAGAGAAGAAGAAGAAAAAGAAAGUCCCUGAGCCGGAAGAAGAAAUUGAGGAAGUAGAAGUGAGUGAAGAGGAAGGGGAGGACCCGGCUCUGGACAGUCUGAGUCAGGCCAUAGCGUUCCAGCAGGCCAAAAUUGAAGAAGAGCAAAGCAAAUGGAGACCCAACCCAGGGGGUCCCUCGACCUCAGAUGAUUCUAGACGACCAAGAAUAAAGAAAAGCGCAUACUUCAGUGAUGAGGAAGAACUUAGUGAUUAAAAGGAUGUCUAUUUUAUGGUAGACAUCCUUUUAUGAAUGAUGAGGAAGAACUUAGUGAUUAAAAUAUUUAUAUUGUAAAUAUUCAAAUAAAAUCUUACUGUACCAAAUGCAGUUGUGGAA